AUGGCUCGAUUUUCUACUCAACGAAGCCGGCCUCUCCACGCGACGCCGUUCAUAAACCAUUCUACCACUCCCUCAUACGCCAACCAUGACACUGCCAACCCCUCUUACAUUCGCAAAUACCUGCGCACAUACGGCCUGACUCCUCCCCAUUCCGAGAGCUACGAGACCCAAAAAACUCGAUGCCUCGCCCAGCUGGGUCUGAAGAACACCGAUAUCGACAAGUUCCAAUAUCUCAGCACUCUGCGCAAGAACAAUGUCCACCUCUUCUACCGUCUGGUCACUGACCACUUGAGGGAGCUUAUUCCCCUGAUCUACACUCCAGUCGUGGGCGAGGCCUGCCAACGGUGGUCGGAGAUCUACCAGCAGCCCGAGGGCAUGUACCUUAGCUGGGAAGAUCGGGGAAGUCUGGCGGCCGUGAUUGCCAAUUGGCCCCAGCCUAAUGUGGAGAUCACAUGUAUCACUGAUGGCUCGCGCAUCCUCGGACUGGGAGAUCUGGGGAUAAAUGGUAUGGGUAUCCCCAUUGGAAAGCUCACUCUCUACACGGCCUGUUCGGGAAUUCGUCCCGAGGCCACCCUGCCUCUGACUCUGGAUCUGGGCACCAGCAACAAGACUCUCCGGGAUGACCCGUUGUACAUGGGCAGCCGCCGUGACAAGGUCUCCCGCGAAGAGGAGCAAGAGUUUUUGGACGAGCUGAUGGCUGCUCUCACCGAGCGCUGGCCUGGUAUUGUCAUCCAAUUCGAGGACUUUAAGAAUCCCUUCCCCUCACUCGAGCGGUACCAGAACUCCUACUCCUGCUUUAAUGAUGACAUCCAGGGUACCGGUGCGGUGAUUCUUGGCGGUGUCAUCAACGCUGUCAAGCGCUCCGGCCUGCCCUGCAAAGACCACCGCGCCGUGUUCCUCGGGGCCGGUUCGGCCGGUGUCGGUGUCGCUAAGCAGAUCGUUGAGUUCUUCAUUCGUGAGGGCAUGUCCGAGGAGGACGCCCGGAACUGCUUCAACCUUGUCGACACCAAGGGUCUAGUCACCGCUGACCGUGGUGACAAGCUGGCCAGCCACAAGGUCUACUUUGCUCGCCAGGACAACAAGGGCCAGCAGUUUAAGUCUCUGGAGGAGGUCAUCGACCAUGUCCAUCCCACCAUCCUGAUGGGUCUCUCCACUCUGGGUGGUGUCUUCACCCCGGAAAUCCUCCGCAAGAUGGCAGACUGGAACACCGCCCCCAUCAUCUUCCCCCUGUCCAACCCUUCCUCCAAAUCCGAGUGUGACUACGAGAGCGCGGUCAAGAACACUGACGGUCGUUGCCUCUUCGCCUCAGGCUCCCCCUUCCCUCCCAUGACCUUCACCAACUCCGAUGGCGAGGCCCGCACCUACUGCCCUGGACAGGCUAACAACAUGUACGUCUUCCCGAGCAUUGGCCUGGGCAGCAUCUUGUUCAAGACCGUCCGUGUAACCGACAGCAUGAUUUAUACUUCUGGCGAGGCCCUCUCCGCCGCUCUGACUGCCGAGGAGAUUGAGCGUGGCCUGCUCUACCCCGACAUCACUCGCAUCCGCGAGGUCAGCAUUGUCGUGACGCGCAUGGUGAUGCGGGCUGCCCAGGCCGAUGGCGUGGACCGUGAGACCGCUCUGCGCAAGAUGAGCGAUUCCGACCUGGACAACUACAUCAAGGCCCGCAUGUAUGACCCUCACACCGAGGUGCGUUCGCUUGAGCGCGAGGUCGGUCAGCUGCUCUCCAGCCUGGGCAAUCUCUCCCCCAUCCUGAACGGCUCUCUACCCGAAAAGAAGCCCAAUGGUUCGAAGCUUUAA